AUGCUACUAUUCACAUCUUCAAAUCGCGGUCAACCUAUACUCAAUUAUAAUUCUCAUCAAUAUACGAAGAAGCGUGUACGCAAGACGAGCAACGAGUGGCGUUGUCGAGAUCGUGGCUGUACUAGCACGAUUUCUCUUUGUACAGUCGAUGCUAAAGUUCUUCGUGAGCCCUCUACUCAUACUUGUCAACAAUCAGCUUCUGCCGGUAAAUCUCUAGUCGACGAAGCAGUCGGCAAUAUGAAGAAACGUGCACGAGAGGAGACCACGCCGAUUCCCAAAAUCUAUACACAAGAAAUCGUUAAAGCUCGUAUCAGUCAUCCCGGUAUAGCAACUGGCCUAUUCUUCCCUACAUUUGAAACUAUUGAUGCUUCACUUUAUCGAAGUCGAUCGAAGAACUAUCCAUCGUUACCGAAGUCACUGGCCGAUCUCGUUCUUCCAGACGUUUGGCGACUCGCCAAGCACGGAGAACCCUUCUUGAUCGUGGACGAACUGUAUGGAAAAGAUCGGCUGUUGAUGUUUGCAUCAGACUGGAGCCUCAUCUUUCUUUCUCAGUGCGAGCAGUGGCAAUCAGAUGGCACAUUCAGCAUUCGCCCUCUCAUUUUUGCCCAGGUCUACAUUUUGUGUGGCUUCUCGAACGGCUUCAUGAUUCCGUGUGUAUACUGUCUUACGACGAAGAAAGACGAGCAAGUUUACACGAAAAUAUUCGGCCAUGUGAUCUCGCUUGCUCGAAAGCUCAAUCUCAAUCUCCAACCACGGCGACUCACGAUUGACUUUGAGAUCGCAACUAUGAACUCUUUCUGUCGUCUCUUUUCUACAGCCACUGUCACCGGCUGCCUUUUUCAUUAUGCUCAAAGUCUUUGGAGAAAAAUCCAAGAACUCGGUCUCACUCGUCAUCUUUCGCCUUCUACAGACAAGGAGAACACUGACAUUUCACCAGAAGAGAAAAAACGCGCGGAUCACUGGUUUCUUGCUGCUAUUGGACUCGCCUUGAUUCCUCCUGAACUGGUUGAGCGUACUUGGAUGGAAGUUAUGGACGAAUAUACUCCCGAGCACGCAUCUGCAACCAAGUUCAACGAUUACCUCAUUUCUACAUACGUUGACAGCAGCUCUGCGCGCUAUCACACAAAAAUCUGGAAUGUUCACGAAUUAUUAGUCAACAAAUUACCGCGCACGAAUAACCACGUUGAGGGCCUUAAUCGGCGACUCAAAAGUCAGUUCCCUGUGCAUCCGCACAUCUUCAACUUUAUCGAAUUAUUGCGUGAAGAACACGAAUACCAGCAUCACAAGUCCGAAGAGUCGGAAGUUCACCUACGCAAACGAAAGAAGGUGAACGAUGCUAUUGACGAGAAUCUUGAGCUCCUUCUUAAUGACCAUAAGGGUGGAUUGAUCACUGCUAUGCAACUCGCGAUUAAAUACGGACGCGCAUUGAAGACAAAACUAGUUAAAUGA